GUGGCUAGAAGUGAGUGCAGGGGACGAAGAAGAAGAUAGAAAAAUGUUUGAACACAUAACGGCAAAUGAAAUAGCAGGAUAUACGGUAGGAGCUCUUCUGCUUUCCGCUACCAUUUCUGCCCCAAAAAUUGACUCCUUCAUUUCUUCUUCCCAGCGCAGCUCUUUGGGGAUGUGCAAGAAAUGUGGGGACUUGAAGCGGAUAGCAUGCACCGGGUGCAGGGGCUCUGGAUUGAUUAAAGAAGGAGGGCCAUUCAGUUUGAUUCCUGUGAUUGAUGAUUCUCCGUCAUUUGGGGUUAAAUCAAAAUCAAAAUCAAAACCGCCAAGAUCUUCUUCUUGCACCAAAUGUCAAGGUAGAGGACACUUUUCUUGUCCCGAGUGCUCUAACUUGGUGUUGAGAACUGGUAUUGAAGCGAAUGAUUUAUAAAGAACGAAAAAAUAAGGAAAUGAACCGACCCUCUCUUUUCCUUUUUCUCAUUAUUUUUGUGGGUUUGUAUACUUGUAUGACUACGAUGGAUUAAAACCGGAUUAUAGCUAUGUAAUAUACAACUUUUUUAAUCAAAUCAUGAUUUAAUUGGUUAUUUGUAA